CAGGUGAUCAUUGAACGCUACGCGAGGGAGAAGUAUCUUCCUCCGUUGGAUAAGACAAAGUUCCUGGUGCCGCAUGAACUCACCAUGACCCAGUUCGUCACCAUCAUCAGGAACAGGAUGGCCCUGCUGCCGUCCCAGGCCUUCUACCUGCUGAUUAACGGGGGCGGGAUGGCCAGCAUGUCCCUGACCAUGGCGCAGGUCUACAAGGACCACCAGGACGAGGACGGCUUCCUGUACAUGACGUACGCCUCGCAGGAGAUGUUCGGCCGCUGACCGCCCGCCGUGCACGCCCCCCGCCGUGCACACUAACUGCC